AUGAAUAUCAUUCAUUAAGUUGCUCAAUAUAUGGAUGAGUUAAAGAAAUAUUUAAGCGAGGGAUUUUAUUUUUCCUACGGCUAUGAUUUGACAACAAGUAGGCAAAGAAGAAUAAAGUUUCUACAAUCUAAAUCAAAAGAUCCACUUAAAAUUAUUGCAUCAGAUCAUAGUUAUUUCUGGAACAUUAAUCUUUACAAGGACUUUUAGGAUCAAAAUAUUGACAUCAGAUGGUUUACUCCUUUAAUUUAAGGCUAUAUUGGCAUGCAUACAGGGCAAAUAGUUGGUAGAGAAAUUUAAUUGGCAUUGAUUUCGAGAAGAUCUCAUUUAAGGAGUGGUACAAGAUAUAAUGCUAGAGGGAUUGACGAUACUGGAAAUGUGGGGAACUUUGUUGAAACUGAAUAAAUUGUUUAGCUUGAAAAUAUUGUUUUUAGUUAUGUGAUGAUUAGAGGAUCAGUCCCAAUAUUUUGGGAAUAAAAAGGUAUGAUAGAGGGAGUUACAAUUUCGAGAGGUCCUGAAAUGACAAAAAUGGCUUUUCAUAAGCAUUUUGAUGAAUUAUUCAACUUAUAUAAUCAAAUUUUUGUUGUUGACCUGCUUUCAGACACGAAAUAAAGAGAGAUAAUUUUGACUAAAGAAUAUGUCAGAUAAAUAUAUGAAUCAUAAUUCAAAGAGAAGAUAAAAUUCAUGCAUUUUGAUUUUCAUCAUUAUUGUAGCGGAGACAGAUAUCAAUCAUUAAAAGUGCUAAUAGGUAAAGUAGGCUAAGGAAUUCAAGAUUUUGGAUUCUUUGUUGAAGAUAUUUAAGCUAGAAAAAUUUAGAGAUUACAAUAAGGUGUUUUUAGGGUUAAUUGUCUUGAUUCAUUGGAUAGAACAAAUGUAGCUUAAUCUAAGAUAGGAAUAAUGAUUUUAUAAAGAUAGCUUUAAAAACUAGGCUUUAUUAUAGAGGAUACUUUUGGAAAAGAAGUUGCAAAAGAAGGUCUGGCAUUUGCUGAUGUCUAAAAUUAGUGCAUAAAAUAGAUAAAGCAUUUUUGGGCAGAAUAAGGUGAUUACUUAAGCAAGUAGUAUGCUGGGACCAAUUCUACAAUUUCUAAAGUUUCAAGAGAUGGAAAAGAAGGAUUUAUGGGCAAAAUUUAGCAUAAAAUGAAAAAUGUCCAACGAUAUUUAAUUAAUACCUUGAACGAAAACUUUCAAUAAAAUUCAAUUGAUAUUAUCCUUGGUAAGCAUGCUUAAUCAGUCAUUUCUAGCGAUCUUAGGAAUUACUUAAUAACUGAAAUGAGAAAGAGAGAGGAUUUAUUUACUGAAAUUAAGAAUAUUAAGCUAUAUGUAGGCACAUGGAAUUUAGGAGGAACUAAACCUUAUGAUACGGUGGAUCUUUCAUCAUGGCUCCUAGCAUUUAAAGAUAAUUUUAUACCUGAUAUAGUUAUUGUUGGAUUUCAAGAAAUUGUUAAUUUAAAUGCCUCUUCAAUAUUAAUGGGUGGAUCAUAGGGUAACUAUAAAAUAUGGAAUGACCUUGUUUUAAAUAACUUAAUUGAUCACACAAAAGAAGAUUAUGUAUAUGUAACAAGUGAAAACUUAGUUGGUAUACAUAUCGCUCUAUUUACUAAGAAAGGGCUUAACUAAAAACUAACUGAUAUUGCCACUUCAAAAGUUAAACUUGGUUUUUCAGGUAAAGUUGGCAACAAAGGAGCAGCUUUAAUCAGAUUUUUGUAUGAAGACACUUCUUUUUGUUUCAUAAAUUGCCAUCUUGAUAGCGGACUCGGUUAUCAAGAGUAGAAAAAGAGAGUACAACAAAUAUAAGAAAUCUACUAGAAUGCAUUCAUUAAGGAAAGAGGAACCAGUCAAAUUAAUUACAGUGUAUCAAAUCAUUAAAUCAAAGUUAUUUUUGGGGAUUUAAAUUACAGAUUAAUCAAUCCUGAACUGUUUAGGAAAGAUUUGGAUCCAUAUAGAAGAGAAAAAGCAAAAGAUGAACUUUUUAAAUCUCUACACAUAUAGGACUACGAAGAACUCAUAAAAUAUGAUGAGUUUAAAUUAGCACAAAAAGAUUCAGAAAUACUAAGAGAAUUUAAAGAAGGUUAAUUGAUUUUCGAUCCCACAUAUUAGUACAACUAAAAUUCUAAUGCCUAUGACACAUCCUCUAAGUAAAGAAUUCCUGCUUGGUGCGAUAGAAUUCUAUAUGAAGCAAAUAGUAAUCUUAGUUAAGUAUUUUAUGGCAGAUCUGAGCUGAAAUUAUCAGAUCAUCGACCAGUAUUAAGUUUGUUUGAGGCUAAAAUAAGGAAAGUAAACGAAUUGGCUAAGUAAGAAGUUGAAGACAAGCUUGUUCAAAAAUUUAAAUCAAUAAAUCAUUAGCAUAAUCCUCCUAUCUCUCCAUUAAAAAAGCCAGAACCUAAUAAGCAUCUAUCUUCUAUGGUUGUUAUUCCUAAAAAGAAUGAUAGUCAACUAACUUUAUCUGAGUAAAAAAAGAGAAGACUAUCAUUUUCUGGUAGCGUAAUUGAACCAAGUAUAGGUGACUUUGGCUUGAUUGAUACUUAAGAUAGUUUUCAUUCUCCUAGAUUAAUUACAUAAUCCCUUAUCAUAAAAGAUCCUAAAGAACUUGAAGAUUUAGUAAAAGAAAAAUCUGUAUUAUUCAAUGACGAAUAAGUUAAGAAAGCAACUAAUGAAGAGUAUCCAUUUAUACUUAACAGGCAAUAGACUGAGUUAUUUUAAACUGAAGGAUUCUCACCAAUAAAGCUAGAUUAGUUAGAGAGAGAAGAAUCAGUAGCCUAACUUUUUAUUUAAGACAAAUUGAAGAGAGACCUAAAGGGCUAAUAAGCUGUAAACAUGAUUAAAAAAGUAGGGUUGUUUAACAAUGACUCAGAUGAGGAGGAGAAAGAAGAAAAACUUGAGAAAGAAGCAGGAUCAUUGAUGAAAUCAGAUGAUAAGCAUAAUAAUCCAUUUUCUGGUCCUUCUCCCAAAAAGAUAACUACUCAUGCGGCUAAAGGCAAACCACUCUUUUCUGAUUCUGAUGAUGAAGAUGUUGAAGUUAAAGAUUCAGAAUAAGAACCUGAUAAUAUUUAGAGAGCAUCUUAGUUAAAUAAAAUCUGA